AUGGCAUUAGUUGACUUAGCCCUUCAAGGGUAUAAUUAUUUCAUGACGCUUAGUACGCUCCAACAGUUUGGUUUACUUGUGUUUGCGCCUUUUAUCUACAACAUCGUUUGGCAAUUAUUUUAUUCUCUUAGAAAAGAUCGUGUUCCUUUGGUGUUUUAUUGGAUUCCUUGGGUUGGUUCAGCUGUUUCUUAUGGGCAAGAUCCAUAUGGGUUUUUUGAGCAAUGUCGUGAAAAAUAUGGUGAUUUAUUUGCAUUUGUUAUGUUGGGAAGAGUGAUGACGGUAUAUUUGGGUCCCAAGGGUCAUGAGUUUGUUUUUAAUGCUAAAUUGUCUGAUGUUUCUGCUGAGGAUGCUUAUCAACACUUAACUACUCCAGUGUUUGGAAAGGGGGUUAUCUAUGAUUGUCCAAAUGCGAGGUUGAUGGAGCAGAAGAAGUUUGCAAAGACUGCUUUAACUACUGAUUCAUUUAGAAGAUAUGUUCCGUUGAUUAGAGGAGAAAUUUUGGACUACUUUAACAAGUCAAAGGUUUUCAACAUGAAGACAAAGAAAAGUGGUGUUGUUGAUGUAUUGCAAUCGCAACCAGAAAUCACCAUCUUUACUGCAUCUAGAUCCUUAUUAGGAGAAGCAAUGAGACAAAGGUUUGAUGCUUCGUUUGCCCAAUUAUAUGCUGACUUAGAUAAGGGUUUUACUCCGAUUAAUUUUGUAUUCCCCCAUUUACCUUUACCUCACUACUGGAAAAGAGAUGCUGCUCAACAAAAAAUUUCUGAAACUUAUAUGAAGGAGAUUGCGAGAAGAAGAGAAUCGGGCGAUAUUGAUGAAAAUCGUGAUUUAAUUGACUCCCUUUUGGUUAACUCAACUUACAAAGAUGGUGUUAAGAUGACUGACCAAGAGAUUGCCAAUUUGUUAAUUGGUGUUUUAAUGGGAGGACAACAUACCAGUGCUACUACAUCUGCUUGGUUUUUGUUACAUUUAGCUGAAAAGCCUCAAUUACAAGAUGAAUUGUAUCAAGAAGUGCUUAAUGCGUUAUCAGGUAAAGGUGGAAACUUGGAUGAUUUAUCAUAUGAAGAUUUACAACAAAUGCCAUUGGUAAACAACACCAUCAAAGAAACUUUGAGAUUACACAUGCCAUUACAUUCCAUCUUCAGAAAAGUUGUUUCCCCAUUAGUUGUCCCAAAUACAAAAUACAUAGUCCCUAAAGGACAUCAUGUUUUGGUAUCACCAGGUUACGCUCACACCAAUGAAAGAUUCUACAAAGACGCAUCUGCUUUCAAUCCACAUAGAUGGGACGAAUCGGCAUCUACCAAUGAUGCAGGUGAAGUUGAUUAUGGAUUUGGGAAAGUUUCCAAAGGUGUUAGUUCUUCAUAUUUACCAUUUGGUGGUGGAAGACAUAGAUGUAUUGGUGAACAAUUUGCUUAUGUUCAAUUGGGAACUAUAUUAACUACAUUUGUUUACAAUGUUAAAUGGAAAUUGGCAAAUGGUAAAGUACCUGAUGUUGAUUACACUUCAAUGGUUACAUUACCUCAAGAUCCAGCUGAAAUUGUGUGGGAAAAGAGAGACACAUGUGUGUUGUAA